AUGCCUGGCUGUGACGGGAAAAAGGGGAGGGGGGGGCGGUGCACGUGCCCCCGGUGUGCCGCGGCUGGCGACACGGCAUGGCCGGGGCGGGGUCGGGGCCGCAAGUGGGCGGGGCCGCAGGUGGCAUCGGGGCUGAAGUGGGCGACGGGGCCGCAGGUGGAGACGGGGCCGCAGGUGGCGGGGCUGCAGGUGGCGGGGCCGCAGGUGGCGGGGCUGCAGGUGGCGGGGCCGCAGGUGGCGACGGGGUUGCAGCGGGCGACGGGGCCGCAGGUGGCGAUGGGGCCGUGGUGGGCGACGGGGCCGCAGGUGGGCGACGGGGCCGUAGCGGGGCCGUAG